AGAAGUGCGAGUGUUAAAAACCUUCCUAAUGACAAUGAAUAUUUUCAUAAUUUUUGGAAUGUUUUUACUAGGUGCCUUUGCAGUUGAUGUGCCAGAACAGAUUCACAUUAGCUUUGGCGACCGUUCGGAUAUCAUUGUGGUCAUGUGGUCUUGCAAAUCACACAUCACAUGUCACGUGGUCUUCGGUUCUUCAGCCUUUCACAUGAUCAAUAAGUCCAACAGUGAAAUAUCGACAUUAAAUUUAGACAAUUGGAAUGCAUUGAAAAUAAUUCACAGAGCUGAGCUUUGGGGACUUUCCCCUGGCAGACGAUACUUCUAUCAGGUCCAUUGUUCCCAGCAGAAUGGAGAGAAGACAAACAGUUCGGUAUUUUCUUUCAAGACUCCAGAUAGCGAAACGAAAAGAGAAGCCAGUUUUCUCUUGUAUGGUGAUCUUGGAGCAGUGGGUGGUAUCCCUACAUUCCCCGCUCUACUGGAUGACAUUACAAAGAAUUCCUAUGAUGCAGUAUGGCAUAUUGGUGACUUUGGAUACGAUCUACAUUCUAACGGUGGGAAGGUAGGGGACGAUUUUAUGCGUCAGUUACAAGAUAUAGCAGCGAGAAUUCCAUACAUGACAGCCCCGGGCAAUCAUGAACUGGAGAAGGACAUGCAUCACUACCGUGUCAGGUUCUCUAUGCCGCACGCUGAUUGGCCGAUGCGUUACGACCGACUCUGGUACAGUGUCGACAUAGGCCCCGUCCAUUUUAUUAGCUAUUCAACUGAAGUCUUUUUUGUUGACAAUCAAGAUUAUGUUUGCAAGCAAUAUAACUGGUUGUUAGAGGAUUUGAAAAAGGCCAACCAGAAUCGUCAUAACAGACCCUGGGUCAUUGCCAUGGGCCAUCGCCCAAUGUACUGCUCAAACAAAAACAUUGAUGACUGUACUGGGCGAAUCCUAGGCUACUGGGUCAAAUAUGGACUAGAAGAUCUUUUUUAUGCCCAAGGUGUGGAUCUUGUUUUACAAGCGCACGAACACUCGUACGAGCGUCUUUGGCCGGUGUACGAUUAUGAGGUGACAGCCAAGAGUUAUGUAGACCCAGAAGCACCUGUCCACGUGAUAUCAGGGGCCGCUGGGUGUGGGGAGAAUGUGGACUAUAUGGGAGAACCCAAGCCUUGGUCUGCCUUUAGAGCUGAUACGAGAAGUAGCCAUUCCUACGGGCGAUUAACGGUGGUCAACGAGACCCAUCUCUUGUUCGAGCAAGUAUCUGUAAACCUUAACACAACCAUUGAUAAAUUUUGGUUGACUCAGCACCAUCACGGUCCUAGGAUUAAGAAUUGGCAGUGUAACAAUGGUUAUAAUAAUCACCAUACGUGUAACUGCCCGCUGCCUUUUCAUUACGUCACUGUAGCCAUAUUUGCAGGAGUUUUCCUUCUUAUCAUUAUUGCCAUGAGUGUCUAUUUUUGUACCAAAUGUUGCCGGUGUUGCCAAACAAAAAGUUGUUUUGGGUCGAGUAAAUGCUGUAGGGGUUCAAAUAAAUGCUGUAACUAUACUACGCGCUUUUCAUGGUUUCGUCAGGAUAAAUUGAAAUCUAAGGAUUCAUCCGGUAGGUUAAAGUUGUUAUCUGAAGAUGUUGACGAAGAUUUUAUUAUAUGAAAUUUAUUAUGCUUUUAUUAGUAUUUGUGUAGU